UAAAGUUCCUGUAUCGUGUACGUCAGUUCCUUCUAAAUUGCCCUCGAGGAAUCAGUGUGUGAAAGGGUUGUUAGAAUUUGUUGCUAAAGGAAUUUUAGUAAUACUAUCAGCUAGUGAGUGAGGUGUUUUUACCCUUACAGUUAUAACCGACCAAGAUAGCAGGAAGAGCUGGUCUUGAGUGUACAGCUCUUGUUGGUGGAGAUUAAGAAGGUCGGCAAGUUUGCAUUGGCUUGCAUCACUCUAGCUAUGGAGAUGUCGGGUGAAAGGUUAGAAGCCUUGGGAAAUGAGGAACUUGUCCAGCGGGUUAAGGAGUUGGAACAUGAAGUGGAGAGGCUUAGGGCGCAGCUGUUGAAGCAGGGGGAAAUUGGUCAGCAAGAGCAGACUGACUCAACACCCAAGGCUAAGAAGCAACAGCGCCCUUUUGAUUUUAGUGCCUUCAACCAAAGACAUGUGGCCCUGCGAAUUGCUUACCUGGGGUGGAACUACCAGGGUUUUGCCAGCCAAGAAAACACCAACAAUACAGUGGAGGAAAAGCUGUUUGAGGCAAUGACAAAGACACGGCUGGUGCAGAGUCGACAGACUUCUUGCUAUCAUCGGUGUGGUCGCACUGACAAGGGAGUUAGUGCCUUUGGACAGGUGAUAUCCCUGGACUUGCGCUCCAACCUCUCAGAAGGAAAAGGAAUCAAGCUUCGGCAGAAUGCUGCUGCUGGCAUGAGAGACAGAGACACGGAGGAGAUACGCUAUACACAUAUUCUAAAUCGUGUACUUCCAGAGGAUAUCCGUGUCCUAGCCUGGGCGCCCGUCGAGACUGAUUUCAGUGCUCGUUUCAGCUGCCUUCAGAGAAAGUACCGCUAUUUCUUCCCCAAAGCAAACUUUGACAUUGCACUUAUGAAUGUUGCGGCACAAAAGUUUGUUGGCACCCAUGACUUCCGCAACCUCUGCAAAAUGGAUGUAGCUAAUGGAGUGGUGACCUUUCAGAGGAUGAUUUUGUCAGCGGCAGUGCGGGUGCUGGACUCUGCUGAGGAGGUGGAGAACCCCUUUGCAAUGUGUGUAUUUGAGGUUACUGGACAAGCUUUCCUGUAUCACCAGGUCCGCUGCAUGAUUGCUGUCCUGUUUCUGAUUGGACAGCAUUUGGAGGAACCUGACAUUAUCGAUAAGCUGCUUGACGUGCAGAGGAAUCCUCGGAAACCCCAAUACAGCAUGGCUGUGGAAUUCCCGUUGGUGCUCUACGACUGCAUGUUUGAAGACCUGGACUGGAUCUAUGACCCGGAUGUACAGCACUUCAACGUAACUCAUCUGCAGCACCAAUGGGCCAGUUAUGCCUUGAAAACCCAGAUCCUGCACAGCAUGCUACAAGGGCUGGAGACAGUACUUCUCGCAGGGGAGGCAGGCAGAAAAGAGGAAUCUGGACAUGAAGCCCAUAAAUCUGAAAUCUGUGAGCAGGCCAGUGCACUUGUGGAGGGUGUGAAAACUAAAACAUAUAAACCAUUGAUGGAACGUCAGCGUUGUGAAGGAUUAGAGUCUCGGAUUCAACACUAUGUGAAGCGUGGACGAAUUGAAAUGCCCAAGACGAUGAUAGAUUCGCAGAGGGGAAAUGAUAAUGGAAGCUCACUGGAUGUGAAAAGGGAGCACAAUGAUAAUACAGAGAGGCCUGCAGAGCACUGCGUUAAGAGGGUUCGUGUAGAACCUCAGCAAAAUGAAACCAAUGCAUCUGAAGCUGAAUCUUGCCAAACAAGGUCUGUCACAGUGCCAUAGUCAGAAGAAUGAGUUUAUUCUGCUAUUCUUAUUUGGAUGAGCAGCAGAUUGGAAUUAUGUGCCUCUACAUUUAUUCAUUCGUUCAUCUUAUUUAUUUUUUUAAUAUCACAGACCAAGAUAGUUUUUUAAAGUGUUAAAGGCUGUCUGAGACUACAGGAUACUUCAAGACUUGAAUUGAAACAAAAUUCUAUAAACUGUACGGUACCAGAGAAUUGGGAUGCUACUGGUCCAGUGUCUCUGUGGUGCUGGUCACUCUAACGUUUUUCAUUCAACCUCAAGUCCACAGUGUGUGGAAAAGCCCAUUUUAUUUUAUUAAUUAAUUAUGUUCGGUUUUAAUGAGUCAGACUUUGUAUAGUCAUGGAAAUUAACUCAAGCUGCAGAAGUAAGAAGCCAUUGCAAAAGAAACCCAAGAAUGGGAUAUGGUGGAACGGGGAAAACCCUGGCAUUAACACUUUUUUUUUUUAUUUUGACUUUAAUUUUCCUUAACUUUA